CAUCUGGCAAAAGCCCUUCCUGUUCGUCGUGUUGCUGCGCUCCUCGGCAAGUCCAAGUCGGGAGAGAAGAAAGAAACCUCGAAACCCUAGCCCUGCGCUCCCCCUCUCCAGUCUCCAGCUUCCCGGCUGCUAGGAGGAGGAAGCUAUGGGCGUCGAGGAGGACGCUGCCGCCCGCCGCGAGCGCCUCCGUGCCCUCCGCGCCGCCAAGGAGCUCCUCUCCACCCCAGCCCCCGACGGAGAGCAGCAAAAUGGGACCCAUAGUGCCAAUGAAGAACAUGUGGAACAGCCAGCAUUACCAGCUCCACAGGAUGCACCUGAUGAGGCUUCUAAGGAGAAUAUUAGCUCCAUUGAGGAGGUCGAGGAUGUUGAAGAUGUUGGUGAGCUUCCUGCCAUGAAGUUCAGAAACUACCUUCCUCACGAUGAACAACUUCGAGGUGGUAAGAUGGCUCCAGUUUCUCUUCCUAAGUUUGAAGAUCCAAUCAGUGCCGAAACUACAGAACCAAAGCAAGUGGAGAACCCCUUUGGAAACAUAGCCCCAAAGAAUCCAAACUGGGAUCUGAAACGUGAUGUGCAGAAGAGAAUUGAUAAACUGGAGAAGCGCACACAGAAAGCAUUGGCUGAGAUUGCAUUGGAGCAACAGAGGGAGAAAGAAGCCCUGGAGGAAGCUCAAGAUUGAUCAAACUGAGUCAGUGACAAAAACUGUAAUAUGUAAGGUACUGGGGGUGCUUAGUGUAUCUACUGGUGGGGAUGAACUGAAGUGAACCAACCUUGAUGAGUAUGAGACGUGGUGUCUGGCUAGUCCUUGUUUUUGAGAGGAAAGCUAACAUAUAAAACUAGAGUGAAAUGUGCCCAGUGCCUCUUGAAAGCCCGAGCUGUAGUAGUUGUCCUGUUUUGCGUUUACCGUAUCAAACUAGUGUGUUGAUUACGAAGCAUGCCUUCAUGCUGCAUUUAACAGAGUGAAUCUUUGACAUUCUGGCUCUUUCAGAAAACUUAUUUUGCAA